GGCGUAACCCGAUCCACGCCCGCGAAGACUCACGUGAGGCGUCUCCUGCGGUCGGCGAGAAUGGGCGUGAAAGAUGGGCGUCGAUGGUGGCUUUGGGCGGCGCUGAUGGGUUGUCUGUGGGCGUCGGCGUGGGCGGUCCCCCACCCUGUGAUUGUGGAGCUGAGAGAGAGGCCUGUUGAGCCGUCUCCCUCUCUAAGGUCCCAGCUCCGCCACAUCUCGCGCCUCCACGCGAUGCUGUCCAUCGACUCGCCGCUCUGCUCCAACCGCCUCGCCACCGCCGACGCCGCCGACCAGAGGAACAAGACAGACAGAUUCGUCCGCGCCGUGUUCGGAGGUCCCCCCCCUUCACGCGACCUGUCUAUCAUCGUCAAGAUAGAUGAGAAUAACACCAAAGCUUUCGUGCAGGGCAUUCCGCAUGGUUUAUCUCCAAGAGGCUGUAAAAGCGGUUUUCUCCGAGCGCUGAAUGGAGACAGCAGGAAAGCGACGGCCACUGAAGCCUUAGCUAUUAAACGUCCUUUUGAUCGAGUGACACUCAUGGUCAUGCAUAGAAUCCUUGGCAGCUCAUGA